AUGAUGGAAUUAGAUUUACUUCUCAUCAAAAUAAAACUAGGAGGAUUUUCGCACCCAUCAUCAAAAGGAGAAAAUUCUGACUCACCCGUCAUUCUUUACUGGCUAUCUGCUAGAGAAAUGGGUGAUAUAGAAAAAGGUGCAAAAAUUUUCAAGCAAAAAUGUGCACAAUGCCACACUAUUACCAAAGGCGGACAAAAUAUGACUGGGCCGAAUUUAUGCAAUUUAAUAGGCAGAAAAACAGGACAAAUCCCAGGAUUUCAAUAUACAGAUGCGAAUAAAACAAAAGGUAUAACAUGGUGUAAAGAAACAUUAGAUGAAUACUUAACAAAUCCAAAAAAAUAUAUUCCUGGUACAAAAAUGGUUUUUGCUGGUAUUAAAAAAGACACAGAAAGAGCAGAUCUCAUUGCAUACUUACAAUCCUGUUCUGGUCUAUAG